CUUCCUCCCUUAUUUGGUCGUUGAAGCAAAGACAAUGGGAAGAAAUUGCUAAAUUGCUACAAGUAUUUCUGGAAUCAACAUUUAAUUUAACUGCUUGGUUUCAGUUCAGAUUCAUGGAUUUGUAGUAUUAUUAUGCCAUAAACAUGGGAAUCUUGAAAGACAAGAAAAAUGCUUCUCGUUUGUCUACUUCCCCUUGUGCUCAACUCAGAGAGGCUUACCAUAAUUGUUUCAACAGGUGGUAUUCUGACAAAUUCUUGAAGGGUGAGUGGGAUAAAGAGGAGUGUGUUUUAGAAUGGCAGAAAUAUAGAGAUUGUUUAUCUCAUCUGGAUGAUAAGCAUUUAAGUAGAUUCUUGGAAGCUGAUGGAAUUGUGGGUGGUGCUCAUCAAAAUGAUUCUAAGAGCUCCACUGGUGCUCCCAAGUAACAAGUGUAGCUUGAAUAGACAAUUCAUAAGGUGAAAUUUGUGGAGCUUAAUUAAACUGUUUUGUAAUUGUAUUUGAUGCUAGACGAGGUGACACAUAACUAAUCGAGGAGAAAGUACUUGCAUUUCACGUGAUUGGAAGGCCUUCUUGUUAUAGAGUUAUUACAUGUAAAAGUUGUAGUAGUACUAGGCAAGCAGCUGCAUAGCACUGAAAAAUUGUCUAGCAAUUGCAAUGCUCUACUGGAUAUUUCGACACUUGAUUGAAUUUUAAGCUAAGGAUUAUCAAAGACCUGUGAUCUUGGUUAAUCACUUGUGUUUUGUGAUGUGUAAAGUGUUCUGAUUUGAAGUUGUUUUGACUAUUAUACCAGUUGGAUAUCAUUC